UGCAUCAAACUAAACUAUGCAGUCUUCAAGAACCAGAAGCCCUGCUCCUUUUCUAUCCAAGACUUAUGAUCUGUUAGAAGAAGCUGGAAGCUUCCAUUUUAAAGCAGCUCAUCAUGAAGAAGAAGAAGAAGAAAAUGGUGGCAAUCCUAGGAUUGUGUCCUGGAAUGCAGAGGGAAGUGGGUUCAUAGUUUGGUCUCCUACUGAGUUCUCUGAGAUUUUAUUGCCCAAGUACUUCAAGCACAAUAAUUUCUCUAGCUUCAUUCGCCAGCUUAAUACCUAUGGCUUCAAGAAAACGUCGCCAAAGAGGUGGGAGUUCAAGCACGAGAAGUUUCAGCGGGGAAACAGGCACAUGUUAGGGGAGAUUGUACGUAAGAAGUGUGAACCAAGUGUGUUUCCAGCCUUUCUAAGAUCGUCUCGUGAAGGGGAUACAACAAUAGUGGCUGCUGAUCGGGAGAAUGACGACCAUAUGUUACUAAUGGAAGAGAACAAGAACCUAAGAAGACAGAAGCAGGAAUUGCAGACAAAAAUAGCCCAGUUCAAAGAACUCCAUAUUAGACUGCUGGACUGUCUCGGUCAGUGCAUUGAGAAAUAGCCUAUGGAAUUUUGCUAAUUAGGAAGAUGGGUUGGUUGUAAAAUUUUUAGAAAGGAAUGC